AGCAAAAAUUAUAAGGUGUAUAGAUAUAAACAAUCACUUUAAACUGUGAUAACAUUAAGAACGCUUUUUGGCUUUACUUCCAGUAAAACGAACCCUUUCUAUCCGUUCGGACGACGCGCGGUUUUUUGUCGACCUGCUCCUUUGGUACAAAAAUAAAUAUCGAAAAAAAGUUUUGUUUUUAUUUAAUAAAAUUUUAAAUAAAAUAUUACAUAAUUAUUUGAGUAUAUUUUAUAUUCAUUUAUUGAGUGAUAGUGCUUUUAAUUUAUAUUUUCUUGUAUCAAUUGAAAUAUGAAGAGCAAAUCUAGUUUGUGGUUGUUAUUGUUAUUGUUUUCAGCAACAACACAAUUCGCCAACAGUACGAUUGACAAAAAUGCAAAUCCUGAAAAUGUUCUUAGAGAUGUCAUAACAUACAUUGAAGGUCAUUUCACCUUACAAGUUGUACCAAGAGAAAAUGGAACUGCAAACGACUGCAUUGAUGACGAUGGAUCGCCAUUGGAUGAAUUUCCUGAAUUUUUCACAGAGGACCAACUACGCCAGGGAUGGAUUGCAAUACACAUCUUUGCUGCUAUCUAUUUCUUUGUGCUACUAGCCAUGGUUUGCAAUGACUAUUUCCUACCCACCGUAGAAUGCAUUUGCGAUGAUUUGCAUUUAUCAAAGGAUGUCGCAGCAGCAACCUUUAUGGCUACAGCAACAUCAAUGCCCGAGUUUUUUACAAAUACUAUAAGUACCUUGAUCACUGAAUCUGAUAUGGGUCUGGGAACAAUUAUUGGUUCGCUAAUGUUCAACACUCUGGGUGUUGCGGGUUUAGCAGCACUUGCGAUAAAUAAGCCAAUACAAUUAGAUUGGUGGCCAAUUGCAAGAGAUUGUUUCAUCUACUUGUUCAAUACAGCAGUUCUUCUUUGCAUUGCGUGGGGUGGAAAAAUAACAUUCUUGGACACUUGCAUCAUGAUGGUGUUCCUUAUUCUUUAUUUUAUUCUGACUUUCAAUAAUAACACAUUUAUGAAAUAUAUAAGAGGAUUUGUUGAGGAUAAACUAAAUUGCUGCUUCUCAACACGUUAUGAUCUAACUCUUGCUCCUGAACAUAGUGCGAAAGCAAAACUUCCAUUAAAAAAAGAAGACAUCAAUGGCAAUGGAAUUUUUGUUGUUAACACAAUUGGAAAUUCAUCGGUUGCUUCAAAUAUCAACUUGACACAUUCUAAGAGCUGGAACGAAGAUGAGGUAACUAUUGAAAUGCCUGAUAAAUUAUUUGAAUUACCACGUGGCAAGUCGAUUACAAUGAAAGUUUGGUGGGCCUAUUCUUGGCCAAUCAGGGCACUUUUGUCAUGCAUUAUUCCGAAUCCAAUUACACGGAAGAAGUGGUACCCUUUGACAUUUAUAAUGUGCAUAAUUAUUAUUGGCUGCAAUGCGUACUUGAUAGUUUGGAUGUUAACAGCAUUGGGUGUUACUCUGGGAGUUCCAGACAUUAUUAUGGGUCUAACAUUCCUUGCAGCUGGUUCAACUACUCCUGAAGCAGUAUCCAGUUUGAUUUCUGUGCGAAAAGGUGAAAGUGGUAUUGGUGUAUCAAAUUCAUUGGGCGCCAAUUCAUUAGCGAUUCUAUUAUCACUCGGUGUGCCAUGGUUCAUCAAAAACUGUAUUAAUUAUCACAAAACUGAUGGCAGUAAUGCUAUUUAUCUUACAUCUCAAGGCAUUGAAUACACAAUAUUUAUUCUAAUGGCAUCGACAUUUAGUCUUUUCAUAAUAUUGAGCUUUAGUGGAUAUCGACUUACAAAAAAGGCUGGAAUUGCCUUAUUCACAGUGUAUACUAUUUUCAUAGCAUUGCAAAUAUUAAUCGAAAUGAAUGUUUUCUUCCCGAAACAAUGUUAAUAGUGUUUAAAAAAUUUUCGAUACAUACAUUUAAGACUGCUUACAUUUAAGAUCUUAGAUUAAAUUUUGCAUUUAGAUAUAAUAUAAGACUUAAACGUUGAUAUUUGUUAAUGAAAAGGUGCUGACAUUUUUAUGGAUCAAUUUUCAAGCAUCAGUAUUGUUUUUUUUUUUGUUUUGUAACAUAUUUACAAAUUCAAUUCAUCUAUCAAUGUACAUAAAUAUGAUUGUAUUUAUUUUAUUUAAUGAAGAAAGGAUUUUUGAAUGCGGUUAUAGGUUAACAAAAAUUAAAUUAUUUAUAUUGUUUUCGUUUUUUACCCCAAAAUAAAAAAAGUAAAUAAUUGCAAAUGUCCUUAUUCCUACUUUACAUAAAUAAAAUGUGAUUUCAAUGUGCCUAACUACCAAUUUGAAAUACACAAUUUUAAAAUUUGAAAAGUGAAUACAUAAUGUAAUAAUUACCUAUUUAUUACUAAAAAAUUAGAUAAAAAAUUAGUAUAAUAAAUUCCCGAGUUCAUAAUUAUUAAUUUUGGUGGACAACGAAAAAUACAACUGACUAUAUAAACAAAAAUCAGAAUAACUUAAAAGACAAAUUAAAACAAAUAAUGAAAAAAAUGUUACCGAGCAUUUAUAUUUAUAAACUCGGUUUAUACCUUAUAAAUCUACAUAAGUUAACUGUAAAACCAAAUAUUGUUCUAAGUAAUAAAAAAAAAACUUGAAAUUAUAAACAAAAAAUUUGUUCCAGUUUUUAUUUGGAAAAUAGGUCUCAGGUUUCAAAAACCGACCUGAAAACAGAAGGAAAAUGUUUGGA